UGAAAGUGUUUUUCAGCAGGUUACAAAAGGACGUCUGCACUGCAGUCCUGCAGUUCUGUUAGAAGAAGGAGAGGGACUUUUGUUUUUAAUGAAAAACAGCCGGUCCUCAAACAAAUCUUCUGCUACGGACUGAUAGACAGUUUUUAUCUGUAAAACAAAGACAGACUCAAUGGUUCUGCUGCCACGACCCUGAGAGAAGCUGAAUGUUCAAGAGUUUGACCCACAAUGGAGGAGCCCAGAUCUGACAACUCAGAGGAUAUUUAUGGUGAGGAAGACGAGGGCCCUCCUUCAGCAUACACUGACUGUGAGGCUGACUAUCAAAAGGCUGCUACAGAUGAUGAAGAUUCAUUUGUGGAUCUUUACUGUGAAGAAGAAAAGGACCCAGGAUCAACAACAUGUGCCGACUGUGAAGCUGAUUAUCAUGAAACGGGUACAGAUGGUAAAGCUGUUUGCCGUCAUGUUAAGACAACACAGUAUAAGAUCAGCCAUGAGUUAAUUUCUCAGCCUCUGGAGACUCCUGUUGGUGAAAUGGAGAACCACAUUGUGAUCAACUGCAGGGAGGAAGAAACGUUACAAGAGACAACAGAGCCAAAUGACUCGACCGAAAUCAGUGAUCUCCCUGGAAAACCAAACCUUGAGGAAGAAAGGAAAACACAAAAGACCAACCUUGAGAGGCUUUUGGAAGAUUUGGGCUUGGAGCAGUACCACAGAGAGAAGUUAUCAUUAAGCAGAAUACUUGGGAUUGAUGAGAAGACGAUCACUGAUGAGCUGGGCGACUGUAAAUCAAAUAUCCCGUUGAAUUUUCUCAAGAAAUUAGUGAUGGUUAAUGUGACUGCUAGAAAUGUAAAAGGUGUAUCAUGUGACUUGAGUAAUUCCUCUUCUGAGUCAAACUGUGAUGAUGAAUCAGACAGUACAGAGAGCAAUUUUGAGGAUCUGUUUGAGAGCCCAAAUGAAACUGAAACAUUUAAUCCUCUUGAUAUAAUGACUGCUCUCCUUUUGUGUUCUGAUGGUUUUGUUCAGCAAGAACUGGCUCUAAAAAUGUCCAUGUGUCAGUUCUCUGUUCCUCUGCUGCUUCCUAACUGUGAUACACAGCAGUGCACCCUCAUGCUGUGGGCCAUGAGAGACAUUGUUAAGAAGUACAGACCUUCAGAUCUUUCAGAAUCAAAAGGCUUCAUAGAAGAAAGAAUAGUUCUUUCUGAACUUCCAAUGAUCUCAUUUGUGAGACUGGGUGAGUGCUCUCUGUCCAAAUCAGAGAUCCUCAAUAAGCUUCUGAAUAACUCUCAGCAAUACCAUGACACCUUUGUUCACCGUGACAUGGAGUCUGGAGACAUUCAGAGAAGAAUAUCCAAUGGACUGACUGAAAUGACCUGGUACCUUCCCUGUGGAAACAAAAACAUGGACAUCUUCAGUGAACCAGUUGCUAUAGCUAACCUUCGUGGAGACAUUGCUUCAUUUGAAACUCAAUUCUCCUUUUUAUGUCAGACAUCUGCUGCAGUUUUUGUUUUCUUUGACCAGCUGGACUCUGAGUGUGAACUGCUGAUGAACAAAAACCAUAAAGCUCAAAUCUUCUUAGUGGGAAACCAACAGAACAAGAGCCUUACUCCAGAUGUUCUGAAGAAACUAGCAACCAGGCUGAACUUGACAAAAAACAAUAUAAUUAUAAAAACUGACAAAACAAAUGAUGCAGAUUUUGUCAAAUCUUUGAAAAAAGUUGUGAGCAGUGUACUUACCAAACCACAGUUAAAGAUGUCAGUAGAGCAGAUGGCUGAUGUUGCAUAUGAAUUAGGAAUUCCAGUUGAUGAAGAUUCUCCAGAGUGCCAGGCUGGAAAGAAAAAUGCAGAUGCCAUCACUGCAGAGAUAAAAGAUACUUUUCAAUUCAAAGAAAAUCAGUUUCCUUUGCAAGGUCAAAUAUGGAAGGAACUGACAUUUUUGGAAAAGGAAGAAUUUCAUCUCCGAAACAUUGGUUCUGAAAAUAUAGAAAACUAUAAGAGCAACCUUAAAAAGAAAAAAGAAGAGCAACGUAAAAAACAGAACUCCUAUGCAAUGUCAAAUGUAAUGACAUGCUUCAUUAAUGCAAUAGCCAGCCCAGAUAGAGAAAGGUGUUACUUUCUUAAAUGGAUGAGAAUGAACCUCGACAACUUGUCUCGAAUCAAACUUUCUGGCCUUAGAGAGCUUUACAAGGAAAAAUGCAAAGAUUCUGAAAACAAACAAGAGAUCAAAGAAAUUGACCAACAACUUUCCAGCAGCUCACUGGGAGUUGAGCACUUCUUCCGUGAAAUGGGUCAGAUCUAUGAAGCUUCUCUUUACCUUCCAGAAACAGAUCCAUCACGUCAACAGCUGCAACAUCUGCCCAAACUCUGUGCUCAGUUGUUGCUGGAUGGAUUUCCUCUUGAGCUUGUAGAUGGAGAUGCUUCCAACAUUCCUCUCAGAUGGGUGAGUGAUGUUCUCUCUCAGCUCAAUGACUUGGUGUCUCCAAAGAACAAGAUCCUGGUCGUCACAGUUCUUGGAGUUCAGAGCACAGGGAAGUCCACUCUCCUUAACACCAUGUUUGGAGUUCAGUUUGCAGUCAGCAGUGGUCGAUGCACUAGAGGUGCCUUCAUGCUGCUCAUCAAAGUCAAUGAAGACUUCAAGAAAGUUCUCAACUGUGACUUCAUGAUGAUCAUCGACACUGAAGGCUUAAAGUCACCAGAGCUAGCACAGCUGGACAACAGCCAUGAGCAUGACAAUGAGCUGGCAACACUUGUUGUUGGUCUGAGUAAUAUCACCAUUAUCAAUGUUGCAAUGGAGAAUUCAACAGAGAUGAAAGACAUCCUGCAGAUAGUGGUGCAUGCUUUCCUCAGGAUGAAGGAGGUCGGCAAAAAGCCUCAAUGUCAGUUUGUUCACCAGAACAUUUCUGAUGUUUCAGCUCAUGAGAAGAACCUGAGAGACAGGAAGCUGCUGUUAGAACAGCUGAAUGAGAUGACCCAGGCUGCAGCUAGAAUGGAGAAAAGAGAAGAGAACAAGAACUUCACUGAUGUGAUGGAGUAUAAUCCAGACACUGGGAACUGCUACAUUCCUGGACUCUGGAAUGGAAACCCACCAAUGGCUCCAGUCAAUGCAGGAUACAGUGAGACUGUCUAUGAACUAAAGAAAAACAUCAUCCAACAGCUGAGAAAGUGUGGGUCAACUUCUAAUAACAUCUUGGAGUUCAGAGAGUGGAUAACCAGCCUGUGGAACGCAGUAAAACAUGAAAACUUCAUCUUCAGCUUCAGAAACAGCCUGGUGGCUGAUGCUUACAUGAGGCUCUGCACAGAGUACAACCAAUGGGAGUGGGAGUUCAAAAAGGAAAUGUACAAAUGGGUUACCACAGCAGAGAUAAGGAUAUCCAAUUUUGGUACAGCUGCUGCAUCAUCUGAAAUAUCUGACAUGAAUGAAUUCGUGACCGAGUUGAAAAGUGAAGCAAUCACAGAGCUGAUCAAGUGGGAGACAAAGAUCCUUGAAAACCUGAAGAAAUACUUUGAUCAGCCAGAAGGUCAUGUUUAUCUGGUUGAAGGAUACAGAGAGGAUUUCUCCAACAGCAUAAAGAGUCUUCGACGACAAACUGAAAGAUCAGUGUUGAACCAGAUCACAGCAGCUGCUGACAUCAAGCAAGGAAUGGAAGAACUCGACAAAAUCAGGGCCACUUAUACAGAAAAAAUUGAGAAAGCAGUUUAUGCUUUAAUUAAUGAAUGUCGUGAGAAGAAAGUUCAAAUGAUGGACAAAGAACUUAAUGAAUGUUUUGACAAGAUGUGGACUGAAGCAAUGAACACCUUGUCUUUCUCUGAACAGCAGACUUUAAAUGUCUUCACCAGUGUGUCCCUUCAGUUGCAAGCAAAUCUUUCACACAAAGGAAGCCAUGCAUGUGAACUGCUGAGUAAAAAAAACCUCAAAGACUGUGGACUGGAGCCUUUUAAAUAUACCCCAAGAGGGGUGCAUGAAAACUUCAAAGUUGCCAUUAAAGGGAUUUUAACCUCGAAGAAUCUAGUCAAGGAAAGACAAGAAGUUGCUGACACAAUCAUAUCUGCUUGCAAUGACUGUGUUUGGGAUCAAAUCAAGAGAAAAACCAAUUAUCACGAUACUUACAUCCAGGAGAUUCUUCACAUCAUUGAUGAAAAGCUGAACAAAGCUGAUGUUGAUACUGACAUAGAGUUUGAGGUGUCUCUGAAACAACACAUAUGUGGAUCUGCAGCCAGAAAGUUUCAGAAAAUGCAUGAAGAAUUUAUCCAAGAAAAUGAUCCUUACAGAUGUCUGCAGAAAAACAAAGAAAAGUUCUGCACAGACUUCAAAGAUGUGUUUUAUGAAAGAGAUCAAUGCCAGAAGAAAGCUGAAGAAUUCACAAACCAAUGUCUGAAACCUGCUGUUGAAAACUUCAUCUAUCGUUCUCUUGGUCUUGAUAUUGUUGAUAAAAUGCUGACAAAAGAGGAGUUCAGCACACGAAUGUCCUUCCAGUAUUCAAUUUUAUUGGAUCUGAUUUCAAAAAGUGCCUUUGAAAAUUUUAAGAGCUACAUUCGCUCAUAUGAAGAUUAUGUAAAAUCCUGGAUAUCUGGUAGAAUAAAGGAGACAUUCUCAUUUGGGUCUACUCUAUGUGAGUUAGAGGACAAACAUCUUAAGUUCUGUGUUAACCACAUAAAUGAUGCCAUUACAAAGGUAAAAGCAGAAAACACUGACAGUCUGAGGACAUUUGUUGAAAAUAUCUGCAAAGAAGUUGGAGAUAAACUGGUAAUUUCCCAGGAUUCUCUUGAUGCCUUCAUGGUUCUGAACAAUGCUGACCAGGAACAGUUUGGUCACUGGCUCAACGAGUGUGUGGAGGAAAUGACAGAAGCUCUUAGAGAAAAGUUUAAAUCAACUGAGUUUGAAACAAAACUCUCACGACUCCACAUAAAACCAGAGAAUGAGCUUUUCACCAGAGUGAUUGGUUGUUGCAAACAGUGUCCAUUCUGCAAAAUACCUUGUGAUGCAGGUGGAAAAAACCACACUCAACACUUUGCUUCUCUGCAUCGACCAAAUGGUUUAGGUUUGAUCAAGUCGAAAGACUCAAAAAAACUCACGACUGACGUCUGCAAUUCUCUUGUUAUCAGUAACAAACGUUUUCGCUGCAGUGUCACAAACAAUGAAUGGUGUCCUUACACAAAAUAUAAGAAUUUUUUCUCAGACUGGGAUAUUCGUGCAGAUGUGAGCCUUGAAUCAUCAGAUUAUUGGAAAUAUGUGAUGGCCACAUACAACAAGGAUUUUGCUGAAGCAUAUGAUGCACAACCUGCUGACAUUCCUGAUUCUUGGAAGACAAUCACAAUGGAAAAGGCAAAGAAAAGUCUCAAAGAGUCGUUCAACAUCAGCUGAAAUAUAACUCAUGUUGAGUUUUAAGAACACAAGUGGUUUUAAAAACCAGACCAGUUUUAAGAACUAGUUUCUAUUCUAUUACACUCUUAAUAACAACUGGUAUUUCUAUUAAAAGUAUAAUAGAAAUGCUUUUGCAUGUAGAGAAUUUCUAUUAUUCUUCCCCCUAUUUUUGAAAGCCUGGAUAAUUUACACUUAGGGCUCAUCCCUUUCACCAAAGACAAAAUAAAUCACUUUAAGCCUGUUUUACUAUAGUUCCAUGUAUUUUUUAAUCAAUAAUCAUUUCUAAUUAAUGCAUUUUAUUGUUCUAUUCUUUUAUAAAUUUUGUUUACAAAAUAUCUUGUCUUACAGUACAGCGUUGUUAGAAAAUGGUCCGAAUGUGCAACUACAUUGGAUGGGUGAUUUCUUUGGUCAUUGCUGGAUUCUGUUGUUCCUGUUCUUGUUAUCAUGAUUGUUCUUCUUGGGUUGUGGUUAAUUCUCAAUACUUCCACCCUAUGGCUGCCUUUAUGCUGUUGUACUUUGGUGCAACAGGAUAAAGGCAACAGGAUAAUCAAUGCUUUUCAAAGCAUUGAUUAUCAAAUGAGACAAACAAUCUCUCUCUCUCUCUCUCUCUCUCUCUCUCUCUCUCUACAAUAUUCAUAAAGGGUGAGUAGCAGACUAUAAAGAACUGCUGCAAUUAGCUUAUCAAUCAGUUACAGAAACAGCAGGUCAAAUUUCAAGCUCAUAAUCCUGGCUGAGAUAACAUGACCUCAAUUAGAGUUGGUCAUGCAAAGUUUUGCAGAAGCCAUCUGAAUCUUAUUUUUUUCCAUUUCAACAUUUGAACAUUUCUUUUUAGAUGUGUUUGGUGUUUUGAUUUUGAUAUAUUUAAUUUGUCUUAUUUUUCAUUGCUUGAAAGAAAUUUGCAAGAGAUGUAGCAUGUUAUUUGUGCAAUACAAACCCAGUUAAUGUGUAAGCAUUAUGACUCAAUAAAUGGUAAUAAA